AUGAUGAAUAUUGUUAUGGACACUAAUAGAACUAAAGACAAUGAAAAGGCUAGGUUAGAUCUGGCUGAACUGUGCAAGCGUCCAGAUUUACAUUUGCGGCAUGUCGGUGAUAAUUGUUGGUCCAAACCUAAGGCAGCUUAUACUUUAACUUCUGAACAGCAACAAGACGUGUAUAAGUGGGUGCAACAACUUAGAUUUCCAGAUGGUUAUGCAUCUAACCUUGCUAGAUGUGUAAGUCUUUCCCAGGGGAGGUUUAUUGGUAUGAAAAGCCAUGAUUGUCACAUUUUUAUGCAGUGCUUGCUUCCAACUGCAUUCAGAGAACUACCUACAAAUAUAUGGAAGCCUCUUACCGAGUUAAGCCAGUUUUUCAAAGACUUGUGCUCAACCACCCUCAAAGUUCAUGAUUUAGAGGUUAUGGAGCAGAAUAUUCCCAUUAUCUUUUGCAAGUUAGAAAGGAUAUUUCCCCCGGGAUUCUUUAAUGUGAUGGAGUAUUUGCCAAUUCAUCUAGCAUAUGAGGCACGUGUGUGUGGACCUGUCCAAUAUAGGUGGAUGUAUCCGUUUGAAAGGGUGAUAGGAGCAUUCAAGCGAACAGUGAAAAAUAGAGCAAGGGUUGAAGGUUUGAUUUGUGAGGCUUUCUUGGCAAAGGAGACUUCAAGUUUUGUUUCUUUCUACUUUGAACCACAUAUCUUAUCGAGGCGAACCCGUGUGGGAAGAAAUGAUGACGGGAGAGACACAAUUAAAGCUUCUUUAUCAAUAUUUAAUAGACCUAGUCGCAAGGUUGAAAAAGCUAAAGAUCAUUGGCUAGACGAACGGGACAAAGCUGCAGCUCAUUUGCAUAUUCUACUCAAUGAAAGCAAAGUUCAAAAUCAAUGCAACGAAAUUGUUGAUCCCGGUUUGCAAUCACUUUCUUGGGGUCCUUCAAACAAAGCAACAAGUUAUCCAAUUUAUAAAGUAAAUGGAUAUACAUUUCAUACUCUUGCAAGGGCAAAAGGAAAGAAAACCGAUAACACCGGUGUGUAUGUCAAAGGUGAUGCAGGCAAUGGGGAAAGUGAUUGGUUUGGAUUAUUAGAAGAUAUACUCGAGAUUGAAUACACUGGUGAUGACUCUAAUCGAGUUGUUUUGUUCAAAUGUCAAUGGUAUGAUCCAAGUCGUCCAAAUGGAACACGUAUUCAUAAUGACUACAAAAUAACUGAAGUCAACCAUAGUAAAAGAUAUCGCCACUAUGAUCCUUUCAUUGUCGCCCAAAAAGCUAAACAAGUUUACUUCUUACCUUAUCCUGGAAAUUGCAAGUCUCUGUGGAAUGUUGUUGUAAACACUAAACCAAGAGGUCGAAUUGAAACCAAUCAUGUACAUGUAGAUGAGGAUGAGGAUGAGAAUGAUGUAGCUUAUCAAGUGGAUGAGAGCAAUCCUUCUAGGAUUUCAAACACUGAGCCUCCUAUUAGUCUUAAGUCUCCAUUUGGAGAGGACCGCAUUGUUGAAUUAUCCAUCGGCUCUAGUUCCGGAGCUAAUAAAAAUGAAUAUGAUGAUGUUGCAGACUUUGAUGAUGAUAUCGAUUUUUAA